AUGGCGAACCCACUUCUCCCGGUGACGACGAAUCAGUUCGGAGGUUUCGUCCCGUCCCCAGCUUCUUCUUCUGCAGCGGCGUCGUCGUCUUCUCCAGUGGAUGAAUGGCUGAAGCGGUUCGACGAGGCGGAGCGGCUGGUGGCCGACGUCGUCGAGAGGAUCGCCGAGAGGGAGUCCGUCUCGCCGUCGCUGCUGCCGCACGAGUUGCAGCGCCGAACCGCCGAAAUCAGGAGGAAAGUCGCGAUUCUCGAGACCAGGCUGGACAUGAUGCAGGAAUACCUAUCUCAACUCCCAAACAAGCAACGCAUAAACUUGAGGGAGUUGAACAAGCUAGCAGCGAAGCUCUCAACUCUGAGCUCCAAGGUGAAGGAGGUUGGCGCGCCGUUCACCAUGAAGCGCUCCUCCAACAGGAACGAACUGCUUGGACCGGACGAUAAUCACGCGAAGGUCGAUGUAAGCAGCAUCCCUGAGAUGGGCAACCGGGAGAUCAUUGAGUUACAGAAGAAGGUCAUGAAAGAGCAAGACGAUGAAUUGGACAAGCUGGAGGAGAGCAUAGUCAGCACGAAGCACAUUGCGCUGGCGAUCAACGAGGAGCUGGAUCUGCACACUAGGCUGAUUGAUGACUUAGCCGAGAGAACAGACGAGAAAAGCAACCAGCUUCAGCGUGCGGAGAAAAGGUUGAAAUCUGUAACCACGCGUAUGAGGAAAAGCGGCUCCUGCACGAGCCUUUUGCUGGCUGUCAUUGCUACUGUAUUUCUUAUACUUGUAAUAUGGGUUCUCAUCGUGUAG